AAUUCUAGUUUGGAUUCGCAGUGAGGAAGAAGUUAGUUUUUAUUUACUCUGUUCGGUUUGUAACUGAAAUAGUAAAAGUUUCUAACGAGAGCUUGUAUACUCGUACGAUUACUUACAACCAAUUUUUAUUUUGUGAUAGAAAGUAAAAUAGUUUUGGUGAUCCUGAAAGUUUUUAAUUUUUCGAUUUCAAACUUUAAAUUUUUUAGUGAAUUUAUGUGAAAAAUGUUUACCGGACGUAAAAUUGGAUUUCUUUGGAUAGUGCCCUUUAUUGCGUCGACCGCGGUCAUAGCGAAAUCGAAAUACUAUGAUGGAGAAAUACGUCCAUACGAAUUUGGGUACCGGAUCGAAGGAAACCAGCAUAGACAUGAGAAAAAAGACGCCAAUGGCAUUAUUAAUGGGGAAUUCGGAUUCAUCACCGCAGAUGGUGUUUACCAUCAAUCAGUGUAUGCUACCGAUGAAAAUGGGAAUUUUAAAUUGAUAUCUUUGAAAACGUCAUUUAAAUUUGAAAAACCUACAACGACAUCAGCACCACCAACCACUACAGUUCCGUCAGCACCGGUAACUGCUGCUGCACAGUCACUAAAACUGUUGAAAUCAUGUUCCGAUUGUAGGGUGUUUGAAAAAGUGACACUUGAUAAGCUAAGUCAAUUGGUUGACGCUCCCGUAGGUGAAACCAAGGAAGGAGUAGCAGUACCAAAGAAAAUUGUAAUGCCACUAAUUCCCAACAUAAUACCUAAUAACGAUGAUCUGCCAAAAAUUAGAGUAAAAUCCAAUAAAGGAAUGAUCGGCAAAAUUUCUCCAAUGGAUAUUGCCCUUGGUAUGACCGGUGCAGGCAUUAGAGCAUCUGAGGCAAUAAAAUUGAAGCGUAUCAGUUCUCCAAACAAAAAUGAUCCAGCUGGCAAUAAAGCUUUACCGCAAAUUAAAGAAAAAAACGAAAAUGAAAAUACGAAAACAGUACACGAAACACCAUCGUCCUAUCCAACAUCAAAACCAGUUCAUUCUUCUCGAGCAGUCAUACCAGUUUCAUUGCAAACGAAAUCGGUGACAAUACCAUCAACUCAUCCAACACCAAAACCAGUUCAUUCUGCUCAAGUAGCCAUACCAGUAUCAUCGCAAACGAAAUCGGAGAUCUCAGUUCCAAUAUCGACCGAUCACAUCACCAGCAGCAAACCAAUCGAAUCAUCAAAGACACAUUUGAGCUCAAAGAAUGCGAUCAACGAAUUCAUCGGCGAUGUUUUAUAUCGUUUCAAUUAUACAGCUGGUUAUCACGGACACAACGAAGAAGGUGACAGUGCAGGUAAUAAACGUGGUGGUUAUUUCAUUGUUGGAAGAGAUAAUAUUCGACGCGGUGUCAUAUAUGUGGCUAAUGCGAACGGCUUUGUGCCAGUGGUUAAAUAUGAAAAAGUCAGUCCGGCAGAAGCUCCUCACGAGGAUACGGAAAAGAGUGCUGGACUUCGGGGGUAUGAGUUUGAGUGGUUUCAUAAAGGUAAAAGUAAAGCCGACUCGUUGAGUGAAAGUGGAAGAUGA